CAUCGUAUUCAAGUUGGUCUCCCUCGUUUGCGUUAGGUGGAGUUUAGACUGAACUACAGGGAAGGAAACAUCAUCAAUAAAAGUCUAGAAAACCUCAUCAAUCUCUGCGAGGAAUAGACCUAUUUAAAAUCCACACGGAUAAAACUCUUUCUUUUCACAACUUUAACAUUUCGGAUUUGCGCUGGUGUAUUGGGUACGUGUUACCAUGGACAGCGCUUUUGACAACCUGGAUGCUGCAGGCUUCCUACACAUUUGGCAACAUUUCGAUGUUGACAAUAAUGGUUAUAUUGAAGGAAAGGAGUUGGACGACUUUUUCAGACACAUGAUGAAAAAACUUGGGAUGAGUGAUGAAAUAACGGAUGACAAAGUUAGAAGAAUGAAAGAAAGGUUCAUGUCAGCUUAUGACACAACAGCUGAUGGUCGCCUGCAAAUCCAAGAGUUGGCCACCAUGAUGCUACCGGAGGAGGAGAACUUCCUGCUACUGUUCCGCAGAGAGACGCCAUUGGACAACAGUGUGGAGUUCAUGAGAAUCUGGAGAAACUAUGACGCUGACAGCAGUGGAUACAUAUCAGCUAUAGAGCUCAAGGGUUUCCUGCAGGACCUAUUCCUCCAGCACAAAAAUACCAUAUCCCCCAACAAACUGGAGGAGUACACCGACACCAUGAUGAAGAUGUUUGACAAAAACAACGAUGGUAGGCUGGAUUUGAAUGACUUAGCCAGAAUCCUGGCUCUAAAAGAGAACUUCUUGCUGAAGUUUGACAUGAAUGCUUGCAGUCAAGAGGACCGGAAGAGGGACUUUGAGAAGAUAUUUGCUCACUAUGAUGUCAGUAAGACGGGUGCUUUGGAGGGUCCGGAGGUGGACGGCUUUGUCAAAGACAUGAUGGAACUGGUCAAACCCACCAUUAGUGGAACGGACCUGGACAAGUUCCGCAAGGUCCUGCUGGGCCACUGUGACAUGAACGGUGAUGGAAAGAUCCAGAAGAAUGAACUGGCCCUGUGCCUCGGCCUGAAAUACUCCAGUUAAUAGUAUUGGAUUUAAUACUCCACAGGAAGAAUGACAGACAUUUUCAUUACCCUAGUUAGCACCACAGGCUAACCACUAACUCAUUGAUAGCAUGCUGCAAUGCCAUAGCUCAUAGCUUUUAGACAACCAAAGAGCAUUGCAUGAUGGUUGGUUGAAAGGAAGUUGUUGCAUAGAGUAGACCUGUUGGGGCUUUUGGGGAAUUCAUUUUGUGAUGACUGAAUCUUUGUUGAUGACAAUUAUGAUUAGCUUUGAGAAUGUGGUGUGUGUGAUCCAUGCACGUGGCAUGAAUGUAGUGGUGAUAUAAGUAUUUUGGGAUUGAAGUUGUUUUGGGAUAUUUGUGGGAUAUAUGUUGACUUUAUUACCAUGAUGGCUGUAUUUACUUUUCAGAACUGUGUUGUUUUUGAUGUGCAAAAAAUAUGAUGAAAAUAACUGUCAUUAUGGUUUAACAUUUCACCUCCUACUUUAAAUGGUGUUGGUAGAG